UUUUACACAGCGAGCUAUCAGGUGGGAAUCGGGAGGACACAAUCCCGGAUUGGUUUAUUGUUUUGUUAUUUGAAUCGAUCAUUUACACUGGCAGACGAAACAGAACGAUUUUCUGUAUUUUCAUUUUGGAGACAAACACUACAUUUUCUGCGGGUUCUUCAACUGGUGUUUGAUUCAACAUUGAGAAAAUGUUGCCAAUACACAAAAAAGACGCGCGUGUUUCAUUUAGAUAUUUUUCCUGUCGUGGCUGCAUGAUCUAUUUACGCGGUGCCGGCAGAUAUGGAUGUAAAAUGUGGAAUUAAUCAGAUAAUUGGAAUUAAUUGGAUCAUUUUUUAUUCGAUAGGUUGAUGUGCUUCGUGUACACAUUGCGCUUGAAUCCAAACUUUGUUUUUUAAUUGUCGAAUUUCUUUGAGUAUUGAGUGAAUGGAAAGGACAAAAAGGAAAGGAUUUACCCAAAGAAAAUAUAUUUAUUUUCUCAAAACACAACCCACCAUAUACACAAAUGCAAAGCUGUGGUCUGGCUAAGUGUGUUUGUUGUGAUGGUUCUCCUCUCCAUUUCCACUGACAACAGUUUGGAUUUUCAUUGUUGGAUCUGUGGGUUUCCAGAAUGGCUCGCUUCGCAGAAGAUCUACCCACCCGCUAUGGAGCUGGAGGAGGAGGCAGAGGUGCGCCGGGCGCAGGCAGAGGGGGCGCCCGACCAGGUGGUCCUCCAGGCGGCCAAAGGAUGUACAAGCAGUCGAUGGCUCAGAGAGCCAGGACAAUGGCCAUAUACAACCCUAACCCAGUCAAACAGAACUGCUUCACUGUCAACCGAUCCUUGUUCAUCUUUCGAGAGGACAAUCUCAUUAGGAAAUAUGCUAAGCGAAUAACCGAAUGGCCUCCGUUUGAGUACUUAAUCCUGGCCACCAUCAUCGCCAACUGCAUCGUACUGGCCCUGGAGCAGCACCUACCAGCCAGCGACAAGACACCCAUGUCAGAACGCCUGGAUGACACAGAGCCCUACUUUAUUGGAAUAUUCUGUUUCGAGGGCGGCAUUAAGAUCAUCGCCUUGGGCUUUGCAUUCCACAAAGGCUCGUACCUCCGCAACGGCUGGAACGUAAUGGACUUUGUGGUCGUCCUCACUGGGAUCCUGGCUACGGUGGGGUCAGACUUUGACCUGAGGACUCUGCGGGCAGUGAGAGUACUCAGACCUCUCAAACUGGUGUCUGGCAUCCCCAGUCUUCAGGUGGUAUUGAAGUCUAUCAUGAAGGCCAUGGUGCCUCUGCUCCAGAUAGGCAUGCUGCUCUUCUUCGCCAUACUCAUGUUUGCCAUCAUCGGAGUGGAGUUCUACAUGGGCAAGUUCCACUCCACUUGCUUCACUGUCGACACUGGUGAGCGUGCGGCAGCGUUCCCCUGUGGCACGGAGGCCCCAUCCAGGAUGUGUCCUAACGGUACAGAGUGUACAGAGUACUGGAUCGGCCCCAACUACGGCAUCACCAACUUUGACAACAUCCUGUUCGCCGUGCUCACCGUCUUCCAGUGCAUCACCAUGGAGGGAUGGGUGGACAUCCUCUACAACGCCAAUGAUGCCUCGGGGAACACCUGGAACUGGCUCUACUUCAUCCCCCUCAUCAUCAUCGGAUCCUUCUUCAUGCUCAACCUGGUCCUGGGUGUCUUAUCAGGGGAGUUUGCCAAAGAGAGAGAGCGUGUGGAGAAGAGGCAGGACUUUCUGAAGCUGAGGAGACAGCAGCAGAUAGAGAGAGAGCUGACGGGGUACCUGGAGUGGAUAUGCAAGGCAGAGGAGGUGCUGCUGGCGGAGGAGGAUGAGAACGCGGAAGAGAAGUCCCCUCUGGACGGUGCGUGGUACAAGAGGAAACAGAACCUCCCAGUGUUGAAGCGAGGCAAGGUCAAGAAGAGUAAGAAUGAGCUGAUCGGUGCUGAGGAGGGAGACGAUCACUUUACUGACAUGUCCUCUGUUGUUCCCCCGGGCUCACCGUUUGGCCGGGCCAGCGUGAAGAGCAUGAAGCUGGACAGCUCAUCCUACUUCCGCCGCAAGGAGAGGAGGAUGCGUUUCUUCAUCCGUCGCAUGGUCAAAGCCCAGAGCUUCUACUGGACAGUCCUUUGCCUGGUGGGGCUCAACACACUGUGUGUGGCCAUCGUCCACUAUGACCAACCCGAGUGGCUCACCACUGCCCUGUACCUGGCAGAGUUUGUGUUCCUGGGUCUGUUCCUGUCUGAGAUGAGCCUGAAGAUGUACGGCCUGGGAGCCAGGAACUAUUUCCAUUCCUCUUUCAACUGCUUCGACUUUGGUGUGAUAAUAGGGAGUAUACUUGAGGUGGUGUGGUCGAUGAUCAAACCAGGGGCAUCCUAUGGCAUUAGUGUACUGAGGGCUCUUCGUCUGCUCAGGUUGUUCAAGUUUACCAAGUACUGGAACUCCCUGAGGAACCUGGUGGUGUCUCUGCUCAACUCCAUGAAGUCCAUUAUCAGCUUGCUCUUCCUCCUCUUCCUCUUCAUUGUGGUCUUUGCUCUGCUGGGCAUGCAACUUUUUGGAGGACAGUUUAAUUUCGAAGAGGAGACGCCGACGACCAACUUCGAUACCUUCCCGGCGGCCAUUCUCACCGUCUUCCAGAUUCUGACUGGCGAGGAUUGGAAUGCUGUAAUGUAUCAUGGCAUUGAGUCUCAGGGGGGCGUGCGGCGGGGAAUGUUCUCCUCGGUCUACUUCAUCGUCCUCACACUCUUUGGAAACUACACUCUCCUGAACGUCUUCUUGGCUAUCGCCGUCGACAACCUCGCCAAUGCACAGGAGCUCACCAAGGAUGAGGAGAAGCAGGAGGAAGAAGCCAAUAAGAAGCUGGCCCUGCAGAAGGCCAUGGAGGUGAAGGAGGUCAGCCCCGUGUCAGCAGCUAACAUCUCCAUCGCUGUUUUUGUAAAGCAAAAUCGAGAUGUACUCUCUCGCAGCUCGUCCGUCUCCAGCGUACAUUCACCUAAGGAGCAGCAGAGAGCCAAUAAGAUUAUGUCAGUGUGGGAGCAGCGCACCAACCAGCUGCGUCAAAACAACUUGAGGGCCAGCUCAGAGGCUCUGUUCAACGAGCUGGACCCAGAGGAACGCCUGCGUGUCUCCUCCGCCCUCCACCUGCGCCCCGAUAUGAAGACCCACAACGACCGCCCCCUAGUGGUGGAGCCAGGCAAUGGGGACAAACCACGACCCCCCAAGGAGGACAGAGAUGGAGCAGACCCCCAGCAAGAGGGAGGAGACCCCUACGGUCCACAACUCCGCAAGCACCACCGUCACCGGGAGAGGAACGGGGAGAAUGGGGAGAGCAGGCAUCACACCCACCACAGCCGCAGUAGGGACCACUGCCACCCAGACGGGCCCCGGCCCAAAGAAGGAAAGGUGGAGAGGAGCCAUAGUCGAGAGGGGGGCCAGGGCCACAGGCACCAUCACCAGGCUGGAUCCCCGGAAGAAGGGGUGAACGGAGGGGGGGAGGAGAGGGAGCACCGCCACCACCACUCCCACAGACAGCCCCGAGAGGGAAACGGGGCCCUGGCUAACGGGGCCAGAGUGGAGAGGAAGGGCCGGGGUCACAAGGAGGGGAACGGAGAGGGGAACGGAGAGAGGAGGAGAUACCGCUCCCGCAUGGUCAGGGCCCAGUCAACUCUGGAUGGAGAGGAGUGCAGAGAGAAUGGAAAGAGAGAUGGAGACUGGGACCAGGGACACAGAGCUUCACUGGACGCUCAAGGGGAGAGCCUGGCCACCAGCCCUGUGCAGCCUCCUGCAGGUCUGCAGGCCGGAGAGAAGCAAGAGGAUGCAGACAACCAGAAGAACAGCCACAGAGUCAGCCAGGCAGGCCUCAACAGCAACACUGUCCACAUCCCUGUCACCAUCACUGCCCCGCCCAGAGAGACAACCAUCAUACCCAUGAAUAACAUAGACUGCGAGAGCCUCCCCCUGAACGAGGAGAAGAAGAACUUAGAGGAGGAUGAGGAGGAGCUGAAGAACGGCCCCAAACACAUUCUACCCUACAGCUCUAUGUUUGUGUUCGGUCAGACCAACCCGGUGCGUCGGCUGUGCCACUACGUGGUGAACCUGCGUUACUUUGAGAUGUGUAUCCUGUCGGUCAUCACCAUGAGCAGCAUAGCCCUGGCUGCUGAAGACCCUGUGCAGGCCAAUGCACCACGCAAUAACGUGCUCAAAUACCUGGACUACGUCUUCACGGGAGUGUUCACCUUUGAGAUGGUGAUUAAGAUGAUAGACCUGGGACUACUCCUCCAUCCUGGUUCUUACUUCCGCGACCUGUGGAACAUCCUGGACUUUAUCGUGGUCAGUGGAGCUCUGGUGGCGUUCGCCUGCUCAGGAACUAAAGGCAAGGACAUCAACACCAUCAAGUCACUCAGGGUGCUGCGAGUCCUGAGGCCCCUGAAGACCAUUAAACGACUGCCCAAGCUCAAGGCUGUGUUUGACUGCGUGGUCAACUCUCUGAAGAAUGUGCUCAACAUCCUCAUUGUCUACAUGCUCUUCAUGUUCAUCUUCGCUGUGAUCGCUGUGCAGCUGUUCAAGGGCAAGUUCUUCUACUGCACCGAUGAGUCUAAAAGUCUGGAGAAGGACUGCAGGGGUAAGUUUCUGGACUAUGACCGUGAUGACGUGGCUGCCCAGGAUCGUGAGUGGAGAAAGUACGAGUUCCAUUAUGAUAACGUGCUGUGGGCCUUCCUCACCCUCUUCACCGUCUCCACUGGGGAGGGCUGGCCAAUGGUCCUAAAGCAUUCUGUGGAUGCCACCUAUGAGGACCAGGGCCCCAGCCCAGGCUUCCGUAUGGAGACCUCUAUCUUCUAUGUGGUCUACUUUGUGGUCUUUCCCUUCUUCUUCGUCAACAUCUUUGUGGCUCUCAUCAUCAUCACCUUCCAGGAACAGGGAGACAAGGCCAUGUCAGAGUGUAGUCUGGAGAAGAACGAGAGAGCUUGUAUCGACUUUGCCAUCAAUGCCAAGCCUCUGACGCGCUACAUGCCAGCUGACAAGCAGUCGUUUCAGUAUAAGAUGUGGAAGUUUGUGGUGUCGCCGCCCUUUGAGUACUCCAUCAUGACCAUGAUCGCACUCAACACUGUGGUGCUGAUGAUGAAGUUUCACGGUGCUCCGGAGCUGUACGAGGCCAUGCUGAAGUACCUGAACAUCGUGUUCACAGCUCUCUUCACACUGGAGUGCAUCCUGAAGAUCAUCGCUUUUGGACCACUGAAUUACCUGAAGGCAGCCUGGAAUGUGUUUGACUUUGUGACAGUUUUGGGAAGUAUCACGGACAUCUUGGUCACAGAGAUUAAGACGGACAAGCUGAUCAACCUGAGUUUCCUGAGGCUUUUCAGGGCGGCCAGGCUCAUCAAGCUAUUGAGGCAGGGCUACACCAUCCGCAUCCUGCUGUGGACCUUUGUCCAGUCCUUCAAGGCCCUACCUUACGUCUGCCUCCUCAUCGCUAUGCUCUUCUUCAUCUAUGCCAUCAUCGGCAUGCAGGUGUUUGGAAACAUUGAGCUGAAUGAGGAAUCGGCCAUCAACCACCACAACAACUUCCAGACAUUCUUUCAGGCUCUGAUGCUUCUGUUCAGGAGUGCAACAGGCGAGGCGUGGCAUGAGAUCAUGCUGUCGUGUCUGAGUAACCGGCCGUGUGAUAAACUGUCAGGGUCUGGAGGGAAGGAGUGCGGCAGUGAUUUUGCUUACUUCUACUUUGUCUCCUUCAUCUUCCUCUGCUCCUUCCUGAUGCUCAACCUUUUUGUGGCGGUCAUCAUGGACAACUUUGAGUACCUAACCAGAGAUGCCUCCAUCCUGGGGCCUCACCACCUGGACGAAUUUAUCCGCGUCUGGGCCGAGUACGACCCUGCUGCCUGUGGCCGUAUGACCUACCUUGAUAUGCACGAGAUGCUCCGCCACAUGUCCCCUCCGCUAGGUGUGGGAAAGAAAUGCCCGCCCAGAAUCGCCUAUAAGCGAUUGGUCAAAAUGAACAUGCCCAUCGCCGAUGACAAUACGGUGCACUUCACGUCCACGCUGAUGGCUCUCAUCCGCACCGCUCUGGAGAUCAAACUGGCAUCUGGGGUGCUGGCUCAGCGCCUGUGUGAUGCUGAUCUGAGGAAGGAGAUCUCCAGAGUCUGGCCUAACCUGCCUCAGAAGACUGUUGACCUGCUGGUCACACCAUAUAAAAUUGAUGAGUUCAAUGAGCUCAUAUGCCCCUUUGCGGUUGUAAACCGAGAGCUGACAGUGGGGAAGGUCUAUGCUGCCCUCAUGAUCUUUGACUACUACAAGCAGAACCGGGCCAAGAGGCUGGAACAGCAACUGGGACUUGACUUCACAGGGACAAUUAAGAAUAAAAAGGGUGCAGCCUUCUUCCGCCCCAUGAUGCCCAUGACCCAUAUGCAGGAGGAGACGCCAAUCACCACUGCCAAGCCCCCGCCCCCCUCACAACCUGAACCAGAGCCUCAGCCAGAGCCCCCGCCCGUCACCACCUCUCUAACCAAUGGUGACACAGUACCAAGCCCUAGAAGUGCCAUAAAAGAGUCCAUAUCAGGAGAUCAGCUGUCUCAGGAGGGCCAGCGGUCCAGCACUAGCAGUCGGACUGUACAGCGGGGCCAGUCAGAGGACGUGCCCUACUCCAUCAAACCUCAGGAACCAGUGGAGAUGAGGCAGGUGGAGAACGGUGCUGAUUUAGAGGGCUACUUUGGUCUGGAGGGCCAUGGCAGAGCAGCCUCCAUGCCUAGACUGGACUCCCAGUACUAUCGGAACCACCCUCGCCACCUACCUGGGACCUACCUGGCACCUAUCCCUGACAUCAGUCCUAUCAGGCGGUCGGCAUCCACGUUGGCUUCCCAGCGCCCCCAGGAGGUGAGUCUGAGGGACUACACCCUGGAGACGCCUAGCCAAGCCCAGGCCCUGUCUUCCUCAGCCCCAGGCCAGGCCCAAGACAGGCCCUACCACCAUCACCACCACCACCGCUGUCACAGACGCAGGGACAAGGACAGGGACAAGAAGCAGAAGUCACUCGACAGGGCAUCCAGCGUGCAGCCUUCUAGUAUAGCAGGUUUGCCUGCUGAUCCUGCCGUGGAGGGCUUGUCCAUGGAGCGGGCGAGGGAGCGUGACCGAGGCAGGCCUCAGGAGAGGAGGCAUCACUCUGCUGCCGGGGAGAAGCAGCGCUACUACUCCUGUGAGCGCUACGGAGGCAGGGAGCACUACCACACCAAGUCAGCCGGACCGAGCCGCUCCACCUCCCCUGGAGAGACCCAUGACCUAGGCCUCUUCAAGCAGAGUAUCGGCAUGGCUAAAGGCAGCCAAGUGGUCUUAACUUCAGCGUUCAGCACGCCCUGCCGUGGGCGCAGACAGCUCCCCCAGACCCCCCUCACCCCCCGCCCCGCCGUGGCCUACAAGACCGCCAACUCCUCACCUGUGCAGUUUGGUGCCACGGGGCACAAGUCCAGUCUCAGCCGGGGCCUCUCGGAGCAUAGCGCCCUGCUGGAGUCACCCGCCAUGCCCGUCACCCGCAUCGGCUCAGACCCCAACCUGAGCCCCCAGUCGCGGGGUGCCCCUCCACGCAGCCUCCCUGAGGAGCCUGAUGACUUCCAGGACACUGUGAGCACCCAUGGAGGGGGAGGUGGACGCUCCCCCAGGACCUCUGCCUCAGCUUCCCAUGGGGCUACUGAGCCUUCCUCUGCACCUGCCCCACAGGGCCGGGCUGGGGUCCCAAACGGGUACCACUUCACUCUGGGGGUCAACGCAGGUUCGAGUUCCAGCACCAGAGGAACUGGGAGCUUCCGGGAGAAGGAAGAGGAUGACUGGUGUUAGCGUAGCUUACAUCCCCCUUCACAUGUCUGAAAGCGUUUUAGCUUGAACGUUGAUGAACUCACUCAUCUUUUGUACAGAUUACAGUACAGUGUUGAUAAUGUAUAAUAUAUGCCAUUUAGCAGACACUUUUAGCCAAAGCAACUUACAGUCAUGCGUGCAUACAUUGUAUGUAUGGGUGGUCCCAGGACUCAAACCCACGACCCUGGCAUUGCAAGCACCAUGCUCUACCAACUGAGCUACAGAGGGCCACAUGUCAGUUGAUGUCAGUUCCUGCGUGUUCAUAGGUGGCCAAUGGAGACAGGUAUAUUCCAAGAUGUGUUAAACAUACAGAAAGUACUCUGAAAAGGAAAACCAUUCUUAGGGAUGUUUUCUCUUUUCUUGGCAAAUGGCACUAAAGGACGAAGGACACCUGAUAUUACAUUUUAUCAAUUCCAUUCUUUCACUGAAAUGAAAGCUUUGAUGGUGUGCAGAGCACAUGUGAAAUCCCUGUGAAUAUUUAAAGCGCUGGUCAGUCAAAUAGUUUUAAUAGAUGAAAAAAAAGCCUAAAUGUCUUCCUACGGUCUUUGGAGGAAAACAACUAAGACUGUGAACUGUGUUUCUCUACAGCAUUGACCAGAUAAAAGCCUUUCUGUCCCCCUCUGUCCAGAUCUAAAAUGGGACUACGUUCUAUUGCUGGCUAAAGGACAAAACACACCGUGCCUACGAACGGUUAAAAGCAGCAGGUGGCUGUCCUGUCGCCAGAAUAACGGGCGCCAUUUUCUAUUAAUUUCUACACGAUGAAUCGCCCCUGCUAGUUGACACCCAGCUGGUGAUCUACUGUGCAUGGGCCGACGUUCGUUAUGGUGUGUCUUGUCCUGUAGUGUGUCUGCUGGCACUGGAAGUAAUAUGAGUAGAACCAGGAGGAACAAGUGAUGAUAAUGAUGCACUACCACCCAAUCCCUUCCCUCUCUGCAGAAAAUCCUUUAGUAUCUCUUUAACUCUUUCUACACAAGAGCGUCGUUAGACUCCUGUUGGUACACUCUUAGAAAAAAAGUUUCCAAAAGGAUUUUUCGGCCCUUAGGAGAACCCUUUUAGGUUCCAUGUUGAACUCUCUGUGAAAAGGGUUCUAUAUGGAACCCAAAAGGCUUCUACCUUAAAUCAAAAGGGUUCGACCUGGAACCAAAAAGGGUUCUCCUAUGGGGACAGACGUAUAACCCUUUUAGGUUCUAGAUAGCACAUUGUUUUCUAAGAGUGUAUUACCAGAGUCAUAUAUAGAGAGUUGGGCCAAUGCACUUUUUGUCUGAAUGUUCCGAGACCGCCACUUUCUCCUCCAUAGCCGUUGCUAAUUGAUAAUUGGCGUUGUGCAGACUUGGAUACACAUCAUUCCAAAUGCUAAUCAAUAGAAAUGUAUGUUAAAUUCGCUGCUCUGUUUUGCUUGUUUACAGCGGGUCAUUUCUUAGGGAACUGUCAUAGGCGCUCUCGUAUUGUUACAUCACCAACAUUUCAAGAAUAAAGUUUUAUAUGGGUUCUAACAUGGCGGCUGUUCUAAAACCUGGCCUAAUUCUCUCUUUCUAUAACCCUGAGUAUUACAGUAAGAUGCAUUACGGAGAGUAUAUGGUUAAGUAGGUAUAGUAUCGCUGCUGUUUUCCCGUGUCACCUAUGACAUAUUGAACUAUUUCUGAACAACAACAAAAAACACAGAAGGACUGAAGAUUCUAAUUGAUUUUUUAUGGAAUUAGAACAUUAAAUGGAAUAUCUUUUCAUGAUGUUCAUUUUUUUGUAAGUUGUACCUAGUGCAAAUGAUAUGAGUGUGGUUGGGUAGGUCAACUCUUUCUAAUGUACUGCUCUAGUGGCUGAAUACCAAGUGCCUAUCAUUAAAUAUAUGUUAUUAUAGUUAAAAUGCAGCCUGACUUUUGUGAUGUAUCAACACUGGAGAGGGGAGGAUGGAACGUAUGAUAUAGGGUUUACGGUAUAUGAGGUAUACAUAGUCACUGUUAUGCAUAUGAGUAAAACUGUAUAUAGUUGUAAAGCAAAGAGAGGUUUACUGAAUUCAAGGAAUACAGUAACAAGGCUUUUUCUUUGAACCUCCAAUGAGGAAAAGAAUGCAUCAACAAAUUUUGUUUGUAAUGAUUAUGUAAAAUAGAGUUAUAAGUAGGUCAGAACUACAGAUCUAAAGCAAGCAAUGUAAUGCAUGCCAGGGUUUUGAACUUGUCGAAGUUGUGUUUACUUUUGCUUAAGGGUGUAUACAGAGCUUUUGCCUUUCUCUUCCAAAAAUAUACAGUACUGCCAGAGUUAGAUGGAAGGCAAAGUGGUUCCAAGGGGAAAAAGUGCCAUUUGUGAUUCCCUCCAACUAGGAAAGUUUCACUUUACGCGUUCUUAUCGAUUGAAACAAUAUAUUCAAGUAUCAUGUCUAUAAACACUUGCCUCAUAUCUCUCAUAUAUGAAGAGAAGUAGAUUACAUGUACAGUAUGCUUAUGAAUUCUGCCACUUUUGCCCAUAUCUCAUGGGUUUGUUUUCUUCCAAAUAUAUUUAUCCUGAAGGCAGGGUCGUGUGAAGGCCUUCACUAUCUGAUACAUAGCCUACAACGUUGUGUCUUCGCAGGUAUUGAAGGGUUGCGUUGACAGUUGACUCUUUCAAGUAGGGCUAUGCAACAAGAUGACACUUUUGGACUAACUCUCACUUGCCCUGUAACUUUACCCUCUGGGUUCUCCAGAUUCAGGCUUUAGCAUAAUUGUGACCAAAUUUGACUUAGGAUAUAUUUACAAAGAGUUGUAAAAAUGCAAAUGUAGUAUAUAAUGUACAUUGAAAAUGCAUUGACAACGGCACAAUUAUUAACAAUUGAAUUAUGUCAAACAGGACAUUUUGAGUUCAGCAAGUCUAUUGCAUGUAGCCUGAUACAACCACCCAGAUGUAAACAUGUGUUUGUUUUUGUUGUACGGAGUCAGAAAUCACAUUUAUUUUGAUCUAUUUUGUUUUCUAGCGUCAGAUGUAUUGCGCAAUCUAUUUGAUGGAUCGUCAAAAGGUGAAGUACUAGACUUUGAAUCGAAGACUUUACAUUUGAACAUGGCUAUUUAUAGGGGAAGGUACAGUAGCAUUGUAGAUUGCAAGACUCUUCCUUGGCCUCUAAAAGCCACUUUAUGGUGCCCUAGUUGAGGAGAAAGCAGUGUGCACCCCUAGAUCUGUGAACAGAUACUUUAUUUUUUUCAACCUCACCCACCCCACCCCAAUUAGAGUGCCAAUUUUAAAACCACACCAGUUUGUCUCUGCAUACCUCAUCCAGAUUUCCUGUGGCUAUAUUCCCUGGACAUGUCAUGUUUGCAUGUUAUGAAAAGUAUGUGCAUGUGCAAAACAAUGUAUACUUUUUUUUAUACAAUCUAUUCACUGGUUGUAUUUUCUGAAGAUCUUUAAAUCAUAUGUUUUUGUUUCUGGAAAGACAAAAGAGCUUAAAUAUCAACAUUUAAACAAAAGUAUUGAACUAUAUUUGAACCAUAUGUGUGGUUUAGUGAAGAAGGAUUAUUUUCUGAGGUUCUGGAGCAACUGGGUCCUUCACUGUCGAAUAUGUUAUAUGACUGUCAAUCCUACAGUCAUUUAUACCAUUACAUUUUGUAUGAAUUGAAGACCUUGAAUAAAGAUAUAUGAAAAUGAAUACAGAGAAUGAGUUGGUGUAUUUCUUGGUAAUACUCACCUGCUUUAUGCUGAUAUGUUUUGUUGUGGAUAUCUUUAUUGUAAGA